AUGGCGGUCGCUCGGCGCGCAACGGUACAUCCAUCUGGCAUCGCCCAGGAAUGCAGCACCACCUACCCAAUGCUCGAAUCCCAUUUGAAGAAGAGCGGAGCGGAGAAGGACGGCCAUUAUUAUUGCAUCUACUACUUCUUCACGCCUCUCCUCACCCGCAUGGAGCUCGGCGUUCCCUUCAAGCUCUCUUCGCCGGACAAGACAGUUCCUGAAGAUUCUGCAAACGGCAUCAUUGUGGUGGACCGACCUGAUGUAAACGCAGCAGCCAUGUGGCACAUUGGGCCGUAUCAGAAACUGGGGGACACUUACAAGGCUCUUUGUGAAUGGAUUCGGUCACAGGGGAAAUCUCCAGGCAGCCUCAUGUUCGAGGAAUACUACACCAAUCCAAUGGAAGAGAAAGACCCUGCUAAAUACAGGACUCGUGUGGCUGAAAGAGCGCUGGCGAAGGUGCUGCUGUGUGUGCUGAACGAUACUGAGGCUCGGCCGGACUUCAUGGGGUGUGUGUUUCCGGAGCUGAGGCAUGUGGGGCAGUGGGCCGAGGCGGAGAGGAAGAGGUGA